AUGGUUGCCAUUGCUCGCUCCUUCGGCGCCGCCCGUGUGGCCGCCCGCGGCUUCUCCAACGCUGCCAUUGACCAUCAUCUCGCAGCCCGCCAGCCCCAGCAGAGCACUCUGGUUGCUGCCCGCAGCGCCUUCCGCAACAACGCCGCCCGCAACAUCAUCCAAAAGCGUGGCAUCGUCGCCGAGUCCACCGCUGCCGCCAUGGUCGCUGCCGCUAAGAUCCAGGGUGCCGGUCUCGCUACCAUCGGUCUUGCCGGUGCUGGUGUUGGUAUCGGAACGGUUUUCGGUGGCCUCAUCCAGGGUGUUGCCCGCAACCCUUCCCUCAGGGGUCAACUCUUCCAGUACGCCGUUCUGGGUUUCGCUUUCGCUGAGGCCACUGGUCUCUUCGCGCUCAUGAUGUCUUUCUUGCUCCUCUACGUUGCAUAG